AUGAAAGCUGUACAUAAGGCAGAACAUUUACAUCGAAGUAAAAAAACUGCAAUAAUAAAUAAAUGUGAAUUUAAUCAAAUAGAAGAAGAGCCCAAACCUGAAGGUCUAACACUAAAAGUGAAUCCUCAACCAAUACCUAAGGAGUGUAUUCCGACAUUUUUAGAUAAGCCCAAACAAUUAAAAGAUGUUAUGAAGACUCCGUUGCCUUCUAGUUGCAAACUAGAUCUUGAUUAUUCAAAAAAUAAACCUGGCGUAUCAUUACAUUCUAGGAGAAAGAGUACUUGUGAUAAGCAACGUCUGUCAAGUAGUAACAAAGAACAGGAUAUUUGCCAAAAAUGUGAUAGGCCUCUCUCUGAAUGUGUGUGCAAAGAUAAAAAGCAAGCCGACAAUAAAAUAGACUCUAAACGUAAAGUUUGUCCAGGCAUUAAACCAAAACCAUACGAUCCUUGUCCAGAUAUUAAACCAAUUGAUCCUUGUCCGGGCAUUAUACCAAAAUCAUUAGAUCCUCGUCAAGACACUAAAUCAAAACCAUUAGAACCUUGUCCAAGUACUAUACCAAAACCAUUAGAUCCUUGUCCUGCACGUGAAGAUAAACAAAAAGACAAACAGAAAGACAAACAGAAAGAUAAACAGAAAGACAAACAGAAAGACAAACAGAAAGACAAACAGAAAGACAAACAGAAAGACAAACAAAAAGAUAAACAGAAACCUUGCAAAUCUCGAAAAUCAACCAGUGCCGAUAAAACUCUUGAUAAAAAAAGAAAGAAAGAAAAAGAAAAGCCAUGUAAAUCACAAAUUAAACGCAAGUCGUCAAGUCAUAGUCUUAUAUGUAGUGAUAAGAAACAACACACUGUUUCCAAAUCUAGAAGAAUGUCCUCUAUAAAAAAAUAUUUCCAGAAAACAAAACCAACUUGUGAUCCAGAUUGUAAAAACCUUUCUAAAGUAAAGAUUAAAGAUAAAUCAUCAAAGCAGAGUAUAAGCGACAAAUGUAAAGAUCCAAAACGAAGUCCUUCAAAAUACGAUGUUGACAAACGACAAAAGAGCGACAAAUGUAAAGAUCCAAAACGAAGUCCUUCAAAAUACGAUGUUGACAAACGACAAAAGAGCGACAAAUGUAAAGAUCCAAAACCUAGUCCUUCAAAAUAUGAUGUUGACAAACGACAAAAGAGCGACAAAUGUAAAGAUCCAAAACCUAGUCCUUCAAAAUAUGAUGUUGACAAACGACAAAAGAGUGACAAAUAUAAAGAACCAAAACGUAGUCUUUCAAGAUACGAUGUUGACAAACGCCACAUAAGUGACAAAUAUAAAGAACCAAAACGUAGUCUUUCAAGAUACGAUGUUGACAAACGACACAUAAGUGACAAAUGUAAAGAUCCGACCUCGAUUAGUGGAAUUCUCCAAAAAAAAGGCCUACUUCAUAAUUCAGAUACAGAUUCAGAUUCAAAUUCAGAUUCAGGCUCAGGUUCAGAUUCCGGUUCUAAUUCUAAUUCUAGCUCAAGUGCAAUUUCAAGUCCAAAUUCAAGUUCAAGUUCAAGUUCAAGUUCAUAUUACAUUCCAUGA